AGGCAGGGUGGGGGGAGAAGCGGGGAGAGGAAGCUGCAGAAGCAACAGAGUCUCCUCGAUAAGCAGUUUCCUGAACACUUUCAAACCCUGGCACCCGACCCACUCGUGCUCCACUCGCAGCCCUAGCGCUGAGGAGCCACAGAGCCGGCCCACUCGGGACCCCAGACGCCUUUCCCCCCAUGGCUCAUUGAUCCGCUCUGAGCCUUGGCCUGCCGGGAUCUGUUUGCACCCUCUGCGCCUCAGGGUGAGGGCUCUGCUGCUGGCACAGCAUGGUCCAGGACUGCGUGGCAUGCUCUGGAGUUCAUAGUGCCAGUCUGCCAGGCCGGGCAGCCCGGGGAGCGAUGGACAAGGUCGGCAUGCCCGGCCCAUCUGCUAAGAAACAUGUACGGCUGCAGGAGAGGAGAGGCUCCAAUGUGUCUCUGGUGCUGGACAUGAGCUCGCUGGCGACUGUGGAGCCAAUCCGCUCUGUCUGCACCCCCCGGGACAUCACACUGCGGUUCCUCAGGACGUCCAGCCACGUCCUGACCAGCGUGGAGCUGCAGCAGCGAGCCAGAAACCUGGCACAGCUGCAGGAGGAGUUCUCGAAAAUCCCCCCCAACUUUGUCAACCCAGAGGAGCUGGACAUCCCCGGACGGGCCUCCAAGGACAGAUACAGAACCAUCCUCCCUAAUCCCCACAGCCGCGUCUGCCUCCGGAGAGCCAGCAGCCAGGAGGAGCAGGAUUACAUCAAUGCCAACUACAUCCAGGGCUAUGCAGGGCACGCACGAGAGUACAUCGCCACGCAGGGACCCAUGCUGAACACGGUGGUGGAUUUCUGGCAGAUGGUGUGGCAGGAAGGCGUGCCGCUUAUCGUCAUGAUCACCAAGCUCAAGGAAGGCAAAGAGAAAUGCGUCCAUUACUGGCCUGAAAAGGAAGCCACCUAUGGCCCGUUCACCAUCCGCCUUCAGGGGGUGAGCGAGUGUGCAGAGUACACAGUCCGGGAUCUCACCCUCCAGCUCGAAGGUGAAUGUCGCCCAGUGAAGCAUGUCUUCUUCCCCUCCUGGCCCGACCAGCAGGCCCCCGAGUCAGCCAAGCCCCUGCUGCACCUAGUGUCAGAGGUGGAGCAGAUCCUGCAGGCUGCAGCCAGCAUGGGCCCCGUGGUCGUUCACUGCAGUGCAGGGAUUGGUCGGACAGGCUGCUUUAUUGCUACCAGGAUUGGAUGCCAACAGCUGAAGGCCAAAGGAGAGGUGGAUAUCCUGGGGAUAGUGUGCCAGCUCCGCAUAGACAGAGGUGGAAUGAUUCAGACCAGUGAACAGUACCAAUUCCUCCAUCACACGCUGGCUGUGUAUGCGUCGCAGCUCCCUGAGACGACAGGCCCAUAAUAAUCCCAGCUGUCUGCUGGGCUCUGACUUGCCCCGGGGCGCUCUGAAGUCUCCAGCGUCUGAGCCAACAGUAGAGCUACCAGGAGAGGGCUCCAGCUAGCCCUGGCUCCUUUCUGCUUACAUCAUGCCACCAUGGCAGCAUGGGAGGAACUGUGGCACCCUUGAACGGCCGCCCUGAAUCACGCUAGUUAACUCACGGCAUCUUGUAAUUGGGGUAAUUAAUUAGAGCUGCUUAGAAGCACCCCAACAAACAGCAAUGCAUUGCUAGCACAGGUUGGGUUGUGGGCAGGUUUGAACAAUGAGAGAGCUCCCAGCGGGUUUGUGUUGGUGCCAUUUGCUAUGAGCGUGAGGCCAAUUUCACUGAUGGAAAAGGGCUUUUGCUUUCUAAACCUGUGGCAUUCUAGCCCCGAAUCGACCAGCAAACUGUGCUGAGGAACUGGAUAUACACUAGGAGCUGGAGCAUGGUUUGCAUUUGAACCCUCCAACCAGUUACAUCAAGUGCACUGGAGCUGGUUACAUUACAUUGCAAAUAAAUAGCACCCUUGAUUCCUU